AUGUCUCUUUCUAAUAAAUUAUCUGUCAAGGAUUUGGAUGUUGCCGGUAAAAGGGUUUUCAUCAGAGUUGACUUCAAUGUUCCAUUAGAUGGAAGCACCAUUACUAACAAUCAACGUAUUGUUGCUGCUUUACCAACCAUUAAGUAUGUUUUGGAAAAGAAGCCAAAGGCCGUGGUAUUGGCCUCGCAUUUGGGUAGACCAAAUGGGGAACGUGUUGGUAAAUACUCGUUAGCCCCAGUUGCCAGUGAAUUGGAAAAAUUAUUGGGUCAAAAAGUUAACUUUUUGAACGAUUGUGUUGGUGGUGAAGUUGAGGCUGCCGUCAAUGGUGGAUCUAACGGGGAAGUUUUCUUAUUAGAAAACUUGCGUUUCCAUAUUGAAGAAGAAGGAUCCCGUAAAGUUGAUGGUGAAAAAGUUAAGGCUUCUAAAGAAGAUGUUGAAAAAUUCAGAAGCCAAUUGACUGCCUUGGCCGACGUUUACGUUAACGAUGCUUUUGGUACUGCUCACAGAGCUCAUUCAUCAAUGGUUGGAUUCAAUUUACCUCAAAGAGCCGCUGGGUUCUUGAUGGCCAAGGAAUUGGAAUACUUUGCCAAAGCUUUGGAAAACCCAACCAGACCAUUUUUGGCCAUCUUGGGUGGGGCUAAAGUUAGUGAUAAGAUCCAAUUAAUUGAUAACUUAUUAGAUAAAGUCAACUUAUUGAUUGUUGGUGGUGGUAUGGCCUUCACUUUCAAAAAAAUCUUGGAUAAUAUGCCAAUUGGUGACUCUCUUUUCGAUGAAGCCGGUUCUAAGAAUGUUGAACAUUUAGUGGCCAAGGCUAAAAAGAAUGGGGUUAAAAUUGUUUUACCAAUUGAUUUUGUCACUGCUGAUAAAUUUGAUAAAGAUGCUAAUACUUCUACUGCCACUCAAGAAGAAGGUAUUCCAGAUAAAUGGAUGGGUCUUGAUGCCGGUCCAAAAUCAAGAGAAUUAUUUACUCAAACCGUUGCUGAAGCUAAAACCAUUGUUUGGAAUGGUCCUCCAGGGGUUUUCGAAUUUGAAAAAUUCGCCGCUGGUACUAAAGCCUUAUUAGACGCUACCGUUAAAUCUGCCGAAGCUGGUAACACCGUCAUUAUUGGUGGGGGUGAUACUGCUACCGUUGCUAAAAAAUUCGGGGUUGUUGAAAAAUUAUCUCAUGUUUCUACUGGUGGUGGUGCUUCUUUGGAAUUAUUGGAAGGUAAAGAAUUACCUGGUGUUGUUGCCAUUUCUGAUAAACAAUAA